GGAACAUUCGUGUGAUACACUAUAUUUACCAUGCGCGAUAUUCCAGAGACGGGCGCCUCGUCAGCGUCCCGAGACGGCUCUCAACACUCGUUCAACCAGCACGGGGAUGACCAGAUACAAUCGGAGUAUGCCCGUGAGGGGACUGAUGACCCGCUGGUCGGGACAUUGAAUGAACCUAUAUCCUUCAAGCGCAAACAAAAACGACCAUCCCGGUUUAGUCUAUCGAGCUUGUUCUCGAAUAACAAUGAGUCUGGUGCCGGUGACGCUUUCUUCGAUUCAUCGACUAUUCGGAAUGGUCAGCCCCCGGAGGAUGGGUCAUUUUCGAGAGACAGCGGACAUGGUCGCGAGGAUAAUUUGAAUGUCCAGAAAGAGGGGGGUCUUCUGGACUGGUACGUGGAGGGACCCGGGCGACGAGUGGGUUAUGAUGAUCAAACGGCCAUCGACUGGAUCUUUGAAUACACGAAAGAGCGUCAGAGGAAGAGACUCUUAUAUUCGGGCAACCAGGGCAUUGUCGGAUAUGCUCGCAGGCUUCUCGAUGCUAGUAACGUCUGGCUUAUACUGAUUGCUACGGGAAUAGCGGUGGGAAUCAUAGCAGCCUGUAUUGACGUUGCUAGCGACUGGCUGGGAGACUUAAAGACCGGCUAUUGCAAGAACGGUCCUGGCGGUGGGAAGUUUUAUCUCAACCGAAACUUCUGCUGUUGGGGACAUGAUGAUUUCUCCAAAUGUUUGGACUGGGUUCCAUGGAGGGAAGCUCUGGGAGUGUCGUCUCCUGGCGGAGGUUUUGCCGUCGAGUACAUCUUUUUUAUUCUUUACUCGAUAUUAUUUGCCGCGUGUGCUUCUUUCUUGGUCAGAAGCUAUGCCAUUUAUGCCAGGCAUAGUGGUAUCCCCGAGAUCAAGACGGUCCUCGGGGGCUUUGUCAUCAAACAUUUCAUGGGAUCGUGGACCCUUGCAAUCAAAUCUCUUGGUCUAUGUUUGUCUGUUGCUUCUGGGCUAUGGCUGGGCAAAGAAGGCCCGCUCGUUCACGUGGCAUGCUGUUGUGCCAGUCUUAUGAUGAAGCCUUUUGAAAGUCUCUACCGCAAUGAAGCGAGGAAACGUGAAGUUUUAUCAGCAGCUGCCGCCGCCGGUAUCUCUGUUGCUUUUGGGGCACCCAUCGGAGGUGUGCUCUUCAGCUUGGAGCAACUGUCUUACUAUUUCCCUGACAAGACAAUGUGGCAGAGCUUCGUCUGUGCCAUGGUUGCAGCUGUGACAUUGCAGGCGCUCAAUCCCUUCCGCACUGGAAACAUUGUCCAUUACCAAGUCAAGUACACCCGCGGGUGGCACCGCUUUGAAAUCAUCCCUUUCAUCAUCCUCGGGAUUGUUGGCGGUCUUUACGGAGCUUUUAUGAUUCGAUUGAACAUGCGAAUCGCCAAGUGGCGACGGUCACGUAGCUGGUCUCGACCGAUCUUGGAAGUCACAGUGGUUGCACUCCUGACGGCUCUGGUCAAUUUUCCGAACUUAUACAUGAGAGCGCAAAACUCGGCGCUUGUCCACUCGCUGUUCGCCGAAUGUGGCACCACAGGGACUAUAUCUGAUGACCUUUUGGGUCUUUGCAAGCAGGGUGCUAUAUCAACCACCACAAUCGCUCUUUUGCUUAUGGCCGCGCUUCUUGGAUUCCUCCUUACGUCGAUCACUUUCGGUCUGGACAUACCUGCCGGUAUCAUUCUUCCGUCUGUUGCCAUCGGCGGUCUAUACGGACGUGCUUUGGGAACCACUUUCAGGAUGUGGCACGAGACCCAUCCUGACUUUUUCUUAUUCGGCAACUGCCAGCCCGACACACCGUGCGUGACCCCGGGUAUUUACGCCAUCAUCGGUGCCGCUUCGGCUCUCGGCGGCUCCACAAGAAUGACCAUCUCCAUCGUCGUCAUCAUGUUCGAACUUACCGGCGCUUUGACAUAUGUGAUCCCAAUUAUGAUUGCAGUCAUGUUAUCCAAGUGGUGUGGUGACAUCUUCGGCAAACGAGGUAUCUACGAAUCAUGGAUUCAGUUGAAUGAGUAUCCGUUCCUCGACCAUCGCGAUGAUACGGCCCCGCCAGAUGUACCGGCCUCUAAAGUCAUGACCGGGUUCGAUGAUCUGACGGUCCUUCCUGCCGUUGGCCAUACUAUUGAUUCCCUCCGCAAUCUUCUUGUGAACACUUCCUACAGGGGGUUUCCGGUUGUGACUGACACGUCGAACCCGAUACUUCUGGGGUUUAUCUCUCGCAACGAGCUUUCCUAUGCCUUGAAAUCCUCGACGUCUUCGGCAGACCGAGAAUUGCCCGGAACAACCCAGGUCUUCCUUGCCCAUCAGCCGUUUGCCGAUCCCGCGGACACGCUCGAUCUGCGACCUUGGAUGGACCAGACACCUAUUACGCUAAACAGCGGAACCACUUUCCUUAUUGUUCUUCGAAUGUUCCAACGACUUGGACUCCGCUAUGUCUUGUUCGCUGACAAAGGAGUGCUCCAGGGACUGCUCACCAAGAAGGACAUAUGGUCUAUCAUCAAUGGAACUGAUAUCCAUAAGUUCGACACUCUGAGGCACGAUGAAUAUGGUCGAAGUAAUGACGCCGAAGGAGUUGGCUUACUAGAUGAGGAUGACAGGGAUAGUUUUGCGAGUUCUAUGGGGCGCCGACAGUCCCUUUAGAGCUAUUUUUGUCUGUUUUGCUAUCUGUAUAGAAAUCACAUGGCUUGGAACAACAU